UUCAUCCUCACUCCUUUACAAAUAUAUAUCUAACCUUUCUUCUGCUAUUUGUCUGGGCUUCCACUCUCUUUCUCUCUUUCCAUAUACAUUUUUUAGCCUUUUGUUAGCCCCAAACACCCACACGGGCACACCCCUGCAGGUACAAAAGGGGGAGUUCACAACAAAAAGAAAACAAUGAGAAAACCUUGUUGUGACAAGGAAAACAUCAAUAAAGGUGCUUGGUCCAAGCAAGAAGACCAAAAGCUCAUUGACUACAUCCAAGUCCAUGGUGAAGGCUGUUGGCGUUCCAUUCCUAAAGCUGCUGGGCUGCAUCGUUGUGGCAAAAGCUGUAGGAUGAGAUGGUUAAACUACUUACGACCAGGCAUCAAACGUGGAAUCUUUGCUGAAGAUGAGGAAGACCUCAUCAUCAAACUCCAUGCCCUCCUUGGUAACAGGUGGUCACUCAUUGCUGGAAGGUUGCCUGGGAGGACAGACAAUGAGGUGAAGAACUAUUGGAAUUCUCACAUCCGAAGAAAACUAAUAAAGAUGGGAAUUGAUCCAAAUAGCCAUAAGCCACACCAAAGCUUUCCUCGUCCUCAUGUUUCUUCUGCUGAUCAUCAGGGUGCAUCAACAUCUGAGUCCAUCAACAACAACAAAGUCCCUUUCUUCAAUUCCCGUGGUUCAGCUGCCACUGAUCAUCAUAAGAUUUCGUUCACUAAAGAAGAAACAUCAAUUAUUUCAUCACCCCCUUUGAAUCUUGAUCUUACAAUUUCUUUACCUUCGCCUGUGGAAGAAAACAAAAAUUCUGAUCAUGAGUCCGCCAAGACAUGUGACGUGGAUAUAGAUCUCAACUGUUAGUACUUUUAGUUGUUGGCAAGAGUAUUAAUUACCAGCAGUAGUACUUCAUGUUUGUUACAAAUUAAUUUUGGAGAAAUAAUCAGUUUUUCAAAAGCAAUUCAAACAAAAAAACAUUAAAAAAAUUUGAUUAUCUCUUUAAAAUAAGUUGAAUUAAUUAAGUACACAAAAUGUACUAGAAUUUUCCUGCUAGAUCUUGAUGAGAGAUACAUGACAACGAAAGCUGAGGGAUGAAUGAAGGAUUUAACAUGAGUUAUUUUCAUGUAAUGGCAAGUGUCCUUUGUAUAUACAUAUUAUGAUGACCUAAAUUCGGUUCA